AUGCUCUUCGUGCACGCCGCCGCCCUGUCGCUCACGGAGCUCGAUGCCAUCCGACGGCUCAACGCUAGGUCUCACCGCCACGAGUGCGAGGCGUGCCUGCGGGCGUGGCCGACCAUCGCCUCGGCGCCAAGCCGCCGCAGCAUCGCGACCACUCCGCGGCUGGUCGGCUCCGACGCACUCGUUGCGCCUGGCAACGCGCCGUUUGGAUCGCGUGCGCUGGUCCAUGCCACCGUCGAGCCGGUUCUCGCACCCGAGACGUGCGCAGACAUCAUCGCCGAGGCGGAGGAGCGAGCCGCUGCAGACGGGUGGGGCUCGCGCUACACGCUUCAGUCGGGCUCGGACGAGCUUCACCUCGCCGAUUUGCCGCGCGCCUCCGCCGCCGUCGCAGCGGCGCUCCCCGACAUCGCCGCCAUCGCGACUGCGGCGCUGCUGCCGCCCGAGCACAAGCCGUCCGACUUGCGGGUUCUCAACGCCCUUGUUGUGCGGUACGACGCGGCGCGCUCCAAAGACCACAUGGCCCCGCACGGCGACGCCAACCUCCUCACUGUCAACGUCGCGCUCAGCGCAGGCCACGAGGGCGGCGGCACUUGGUUCCUCGCCGUCCGCGGCGGCGAGGCGGAGGAGGAGGAGGCGGAGGAGGCGGCGGAGGAGGGCGGCGAGGCUCACGGCGGCGCUGUGGUUGAGCCGGGCGGAGUCGGCCACGCGCUGCUGCACGCGGGAGCGCUGUGGCACGCGGGCGCGCGGACCGCAAAAGGCGCCGAGAGACGCGUACUCACCGCCAGGGCCAUCGCCGCGCUGGGCGGGGGCGACGCCGCUGCAGGGGAGGGGCGGGCGGGGCGGGCGGGGCGGGAGGGGCGGGAGGGGCGGGCGGGGCGGGAGAGGCGGGAGGGGCAGGAGAGGCGGGAGGGCGAGGGGGCCGAGGAGGGCGAGGCGGCCGAGGAGGGUGAGGGGGGCGAGGCGGGCGAGGGCAGGGCUGCCGGCGGCGCGGAGGCAGCGCGGCUGCUCGAGCUCGCGGUGCGCCUCAACCCUGCCGACGCGGAGCCGUGGAUACAGCUGGCGACGGCGAGGCGGAGGCAGGGCGACGUGGACGGCGCCGCCGCCGCCGGCCGCCGCGCCGUCGCUCUCGGCCGGGCGAGUGGCGUCGCGUCCUUCGACGCGCUGUACAACUUGGGCUGCGACGUGGAGCCGGCGCUAGACGCGGUCGGCGCGGCGCUUGCGCUGGAGCCGCGCGCUGCCGACAUCUGGGCCGAGCUCGCCAGGCUGAAGCUCGCGGCGGGCGAGCUCGCCGAUGCGCGCGCAUGCGCGGAGAAGUGCGCCGAGCUCCGGUCUGCCUGA